GUGACCUUUGUGUGUUUCAUGGAAGUGCACGUUCGUGAGCUGUUCCCGGGAAGAUGGAUGGAGGACAAGAGCGGCACGGUGGAUAUAGACGCGUCCAUUGAGAACGGCAAAUCCGUCGGCAUUGUGCGGGUUGAUUUGCAGUCGACGUUGGCGGACCUGCGUUUGGCGCUGAAUCGUCAGUUUGAGGCGGAACGGGUGCCGGCUAACUACGCCUUCGUUGAACGCCUGGGCAAGCAGCUGGUCGAGAUUUGGCAAGAAGAGGAAGCAUUGUUGCGCGUUAAAGACUUGGUGGGCCGGGAUCCGGAAAUACUCAUCGUGGAAACCACGGGCGAACCGGGCGCCUCUCGUAAAGGCAAACGGCAGCGUAAAGCUUCCAACGCGAACGCGACGGAGCGUCCACGGUCGGCACGCGACUCCAGUCGCCGGCAGCAGCGCGGUGGCCGCAACCGCAAGGACUCCAACCAACGCCGCGACCGCCGCCCGAGCUACGCCGACUUCCCGGAGGACGAGACACGCUUCUACUACUCGGACAACAGCCGCUCCAACCGCAACUCGGGCCGCGCACGCUGGUCGGACGAACGCGAGCGGACGGAGGACCGCAGCCGCAGCCGUCGUCGCAGCCAAUCCCGGAAGCGACGCGGAGGGGGCUCCACAUUUCGUCGGAGGUACUCCAAGUCGGUGGAACCGCGAUUGCGACAGGACGACUCGGAUCCGGACAUCCCGGAGGAGGACCGCGAUCGGAUGGACCGCGAACGCCCGGGGACCGUGCGGAUCCGCAAGGAGCAGCGGGUGACGAAGGAAGUCAUCGGGGAUGAGGGGCGCGUUGGGGUGCGGCUACCGGUAAAGCGGAGUAUGUUGAAGAAGUCUGUUUCGGUGGAGGAUCUGCGCAGUGCGACGUCCUCGACGGUUUCCGAUUUGGAUGGGUUCCGCACCGCGGAUUCGGUGACUAUGGACGAUUAUUUUCUCGAUCGACCGGCGUUGUCUUAUUCAGCGCUGAAUCUUCGAGAAUUGGAGAAGGAUCCUGUCAACUACCGGAAGAAAUUCGAAACCAGCAAAAUGGAACGCCGGUUGGCUGGAUUGUUCGGAAAAGUACGCGGCAUCGAAGAGAAGACCGCACUUCUGAAGAACAUCGGUGAAGAGCACUGGCGCGGCCGUUUCCUGCAGCUGCGUCGCAAUACGUUGCCGUUGGAGGAGCGCGUCAAAGAGCUGGAAGAGGAGGAAGCCGAACUGAUGGACAAUCUGGUGCGGCUCUUCGAACUGCGCAAGCCCAUUCGCUAUGAACUAUACGGCGACUACCGCAAAAACGCGUAUAUUCUGCAAGCGCAGCGUCUGCAGAACGACAUGGUCCAGCUGAAUAAUCAGAUUGAGAACAUUGACUUGGAUCUGUUGAAAUAUCGCAAGAUGCGAAAGCUGGCGGAAGAACAGACUCAGGGUCUGGCGCGGGAUAUCCAGCGGGAGAAGUUUCUUCGCCAUCUCUUGUUAGGACGGACGUUGGCCGUGUAAAAGUCCCGAAUUCCGUCUGCUAUUACGCAGAGAAGGAUCUCGGUUUUGCUGCUAAUUCUUGUCCCAUUUUUUCAUGGUGCUUUUUUGGUCAGUGUUAAAUUGUUAGUAGUGUUUGCGCAGCAUAUUCGGAUGAUUCAGUAAGCACAUUACACAACAGUUCAUAUUUCAUGAAUUUUAAUCGUCGCACUGUUUUGAUGAAGCAGCAUUAAUUUCAUUCUCCUCAUACCGUGCAUACGUAUGGACCAGUAUGGUUAUUCCGUCAGAAGAUAAGCCCCAGCCGCCCUAUUUGCGCGAACUGUGUUUCGAUACGCUUUGUGGAAAAUAAUGUUGAAUUUUCAUUGAUCUUGCUGCUGUUAUCAG